AUGGACGUCACAAAGGAGAGGAUCUACUGCGCUGAGCAGAUCAAGGUGCCGGCAGAGCUACCGAACAUUAUGAAGGGUAUUAAGAACUUGAUCUUCUCCGUAACUAUUUACUUCCUAUCAUGAACUUACUACUUACACAACAUUUUUAGCAUUACUUACAUUCUUUAGGGAUUAUUUUAUUACUCAUAACCAGAGGAUCCAUUUCAUCCUUGAAAACUUCCAGAUUACACCAAGGAGUUGCUAAAAAACAACCCCGUUGAAGGGAUGCAAGAGGGGGACGCGUCCAAACGCCUCAUCUACGAAUGGAGUCUCAAGUACGACUAUGUUGCUACAAUGUUUAAUAUGUUUGUUCCUAUGUUGCUACAAUGUUUAUGUUUGUUCUAGUCUCGUUGUAGAUGAACCUGCUACAACGAACAUCAUCUGCAUCUUUAUAUCUAACAUCUUUUCUAUUUCUUUCAAGUUGUCUUUCUAAUCUACUUACUUACAUCUUAAAAGAUUAGGCAAACAAAUUCCAGAUACUUCAAGAAAAAACUGGGAGAAAAACCUGUGGUUCCUUAGAUGUGGAGACGAGGAAGAGGUGUGGAGACGAGGCGUCUCUCAGGAAGAAGGGUGGAGACGAGGUGGAGACGAGGAAGAGGUGGAGACGAGGAAGAGGUGGAGACGAGGAAGAGGUGGAGACGAGGAAGAGGUGGAGACGAGGAAGAACAUCCCAGAGCAUCGAGGCGUCUUUCAGGAAGAAGACGUUGAGGCGAAUGCUCUGUGAUCAUGUCCAGCACUUGUUCGCAUUUUGUCUGCGAGAGCUCUCAACCAAGAGGUAAGGAGAUCAAGAUUUAUCAAGGAUAUCAAACAAGAAGAUGAACUAUUCUUGAUGUUCAACAGGAAUACGCAACAAGACAGAGUUGUAUUAUUCACGAACUACUCAAGAACAAGAAUAACAAAGAUUGAACUAGUACUCAAGAAUAACACCACGUUGUUGAUGAAUGCGACCAAUGAUGAUGAGCGACUCUGUUAUUCUACCGACAGGUGAACCGCUCAGGCUGACAGCCACGCUUCAGAUGAAAAGGAUGACAUCACUUGACAAGAAUUGAG